ACGGUUAACCACACUGUACAAGCGUUGUAAUGUAUUAGUAAUCACUGGUUGUCGUUAUCAGUUCGAUUGCUCUUAUCCGAGAAGUAAAUAAAAAAUUAAAUACAAAUUUCAAAUUAAAUUUAUCCCCUGUAGGUAAUUUAGUUGUUUGCAGACAUUACGUUUAAACUAGUUUCAUUCUAGAUCGAUUUUGAAACUCGACGUCGACAAGGUUCGCACUUGAAGACAUUUAUUAUUUUAUAGCUAUAAACGAUUAAUAUCAAAAACGCCAUUGCAAUGUCCGACGCUCACGCCAAUCCGAUUGCCUGGCAGUACGUUUGUUGUUCUCUGCCAAUCUUAAUACCGAUGUCAGUUUACGUUCUUAAAAAGUGUUUCAACAACAGAUAUCGCACACUCAACUCAAAGGUUGUACUUAUUACAGGUGCCAGUUCUGGAUUGGGUGAGACAUUAGCGCAUGAAUUUUAUUCCCAUGGCUGUGCACUAAUUUUAACGGGACGUAGCAGCAAUGAAUUAGAACGAGUCAAAAAUGAUUUAUUAAGCCGAAGUGAUAUUAAGAAUGUUAACAAACCAUGUAUUCUCGUCUUGGAUCUUAUUGACCAAUCAACAAUAGAAGUAGUUAGUCAAAAAGUUUUAGGAGUUUUUGGCCGUGUAGAUAUUCUCAUCAACAAUGCUGGCAUCAGCUAUAGGGGUAGAGCCGAAGCAACAAUGGCUGAAGUCGAUUACAAAGUAAUGUUGGUCAAUUAUUUUGGCCAAGUUGCUUUAACUAAAGCCAUAUUGCCCAGUAUGAUUCACCACAAAAGUGGACAUAUAAUAGCAAUUAGUAGUGUACAAGGAAAAAUUGCUGUUCCAUUUAGAUCAGCAUAUACUGCAUCUAAACAUGCUUUACAAGCAUUCUUUGAUACUCUCAGAGCUGAAAUAUCACAUCAUAAGGUAAAAGUAACCGUUGUAAGCCCUGGGUACAUUCAAACAAAUUUGUCGUUGAAUGCAUUAACUGGAUCUGGAUCAAAAUAUGGUGUUAUGGAUGAAUCCACAAUGUCUGGAUACUCGGCUGAAUAUGUUGCUCAACGAAUAGUAGAUGCUGUUGUUAACGAUGAACAAGAAGUCAUCAUUGCUCCAUUUUAUGCUCGUUUAGCAAUUGGCCUACGUUAUGUAUGGCCACGAUUUUAUUUUUGGAUUAUGAAAUGUAGGGCUGACCGGCAAGCUAGUCAGAAAAUGUAGGAUUCAAGGAUUCCCCGCCAUCAGACGGACGAGCGUCGGCUACAGCCCGUUAUCGUCGGCAUACGGGAAUCUCACAUUUGACAAACAGCCAGGUCAGUCAACUAGAUUUCUAGAAAUUAGCUGUUAAUUAUUAUGUUUGAGUACUUAUAAUUUUGUAUUUUUGAAUAUAAAUACCUAGUUGUUAGUGAUGCACAGUUUCACAUAAAUUAUUUAUUUAAUUUGUAUAUCUUAUAUUUGUACAAUUUUUACUUAUUAAAAACAAAAUGCCAUAAUUGAAUUAUUCAGAUAAGUAUAAUUGUACAAAACUGCCCUAAAAGAAACAAAUUAAUACCAUAAUUUGUGAAUUAUUUAGUAUGAUCAAUAUUGAUGUAACAAGUGACAUAAAUCUGAUUCUAUUUCAAGUUACCAGAAUACUAAUUGGUAUUAAUUAAAAGUAAAGCUUGGAGUAAUAUUAAACAAAAGUAUGAUAAUUUAAUUUAUUAUUUUUUGCUAUUAGCAUGUGAUAAUAUAUGUGUUUCAUAAUAAUUUACCAUUAAAAAGAAAACUAAAUAUUAUGGAUAAAUGUCAAUUGUCAUUAAUUAAAAAUCAAUAUGUCAACAUUUGAAAAAAACGUACAAAAUAAAUUUCUAUUUAAUAUAAAUUCACAGUUUAAUUUAUUUAUAAUGCACAAUUAAAUGUAAAAUUGUAAUUAAUUUUAAAGUACAAUUCAAUUUUGUUAAAUCCCUAUUAUAUUUCUUUAUCAAUUUUUGAAUCAAACUAUUUUAAUUACUUAUUUAAUAAUAAAUAAAUGUACCCACUUAUCUAUCAAAAUCAUUGUUUACAUUAUUAUAAGUUGUAAUUCAUAAAAUGUCAUUAAAUGAUUUACCUGUCGAUCAUUUAUAAAUAAAAAUAUCAAUACGAGACUUCUUCAUUAAUAUUGGUUAUUUAAAAUAUUUUGUUUUUGCACUUUAAUAUUUUGCAUUGGGAGUUGUGAAGUAUUUUUGGUCAAUCUUGUAUACAAUUAAUAUAAGUAUUUAUUGCACUAUUGUUGAUAAUUGAAAAUGUUAAAGUUUUGAAAAUAAUUUUACCAGUAAUAAUUUAUUAGUAUUUUCACAAACUAAUUGUUUAAGCUUGAAAAUUAAAUGAUAAAAAUGAGCUUUUAAUUUAAAACUAAAAUAGGGUUAAGACACCAUUGGUCUUUUAAAUAUUUACUGUGCAUCACUAACAAAGAUAGAUAAUUGAUAACUCAUAGUCAGUGGUGACGUGGAAUAGCUUUUCAUGAAGUAUCGGCUGUGUUGAUAAAAAAAAAAAAAAAGGAUAACAUAUAAAUAUAGCCAUAGAGAGGAAUACCAAAUUUCUGCGGGUAGGCAAUAGUUGGCUAUAUUUACAAUUAUGAGGAUGUCUUAUUAACAGUGGCGCCCACUGGGAGGGUCAGGGGUGUCAACUGACACCCCUCAGAGAAUUGGUAGGUGACUAGUGUUGUGUGAAUUGUGAACUAGGAUGAAUAUUUGUAUAUAUAAUUUUAUUUUUAGUAUCUUUGUUAGUAAGAAAAAACCAAAAACACUUAAAAAUAAGAGCUAUACUAUGCCUAAACUCAGAUUUUACUGGUGGGGGGGGGUAUCUCGAAAUAUAUAUUUUCGACAUCCUUUUGAAAAAUCUACUGUGCGCCACUGCUUAUUAACAUGUUUUGUCUUCAUUUUAUAAGAGCAAACCACAGUAAAUUUAUGUUCAUUUAGCUUUGUUUAUUUUAAUAUUAUAAUGAAUUUAUUUAUUAUUGGACUUAAAAUAUCUAAAAAAACAUUUCCAAGACUAAAGAAACCUUUAAGUUAAAUAACAUAUAAAUUUGAUCUUAAUACUAAAACUAAGUUAAAUAGAAUACUGUGUUACAUAAUUUUUAAAGAAAGACAACACAUACUGAUGAGACGUUCUCUUAAGUUGGAAAAAAAUGUAGAUACAUUAAGGUACACUUAAUCAAAAAAUUUAAAUUAUAUAUGCUUCAUAGAUGUAUAAAGUUCACGUCACCACUACUCACGAUCACUGCUACCAUUAGUGUAGUAUGAAAUUUUUUAAAAUUAUAUUAUUAUUGUACAUUCCUUAAACACUAUUACAUCUUAGGUUUACAUAAAUUUAAAUUUUAAAUAUUGUUUUAGGUUUAGAGUUUAUUAAUUACCACCAAUUUUUUUCACACAAAAUGUAUUGCAAAUAAUAAGUUUAAUUAUAUUAUAAUUUAAAUGAUCUCCUUUUUUUCAUAAAAUAAUUUUUUUUAUUGUUGAUACAUUUUUGUUGCUUAAAAUGGUGCUUGUUUGUUACACAUUUUGUGUUCUUUUUUAUUACAUUUUUUGACAAUAUUUAUAUAAACUUUUACCACAUUUUUGUUUUUUAUAUAAUUAAUCACUAAUAAUUUACAUAUAAAUUUGAAUGACAACAGCGUAUCGACAAUUACAUUUUAGAAAUCUCAUAUAGCUCAUACAUAUAUUAUAAGUAGUUCUUCUGAUUUCUGUCAAUUAUUUAUGUAUACUUAAUAGUGAGUUGUUGAUAUAGUUAAACCUUAUGUACUGUUAAAUAUUUUUAGUUAUUUUUAGAAUAACGUUUCUUUAGCCAGUUAAUAUUAGAUUGUAAACUUAAAUGAUUAAGAAACUAUACCAUUGUAGACAAUAACUCAAUGUGUGCAAAUAUUUAUGAGGAUAAAUUUAGAUGUUUAUUGUUGUUUUUUUUUUUUUUUAAUUAUUUGUAGCCUUCAUAAAUGUAGAUAUAUUAUAAUGGUAAACAAAUUAUUGAAACCUACAAAGAAAACUAGUGUACAUUCUCAUGUAAUUGUUACGCUUAACAUAUCUUACAAAUUCUUGUCUAGUUUUAAUGUUUAAAAAAAUAUUAAUUGACAAACAACUCUUUGAUAGAAUAAAACAAAUUAUAUAUUAUGUGUAUAAAUGUAGGUUAUUUUAUUAUGUUUUACUAUUGUCCAUGUUGCUUAUUUUGAAAAUAUCAAGCACAUAUACUAUACAUGUAACUUUAAAACGUCCAUUGUUCUUGACAUCAAACAUUCAUUGUUAUAAAAAAAGUUUAUGUUUUAACGAAAGCUACACAAACACUAAAUUUAAUUAAAUAUAGAAUGCAAUUUAUUAUGAUAUACAAUUUUUAAUAUUGUUUUGUUUUCUAAACAUUAUAAUCUUAUAACAAUAAAUCACAUACAAUAUUUUAUGCA